UCUUUCUCUCAUACCACAACAACAGUCCCAACUCCCAAACUCAAAUUCACUUGAAAUUCAAAUUCAAAUGUCGUCGAAAUGCAGCAAGAUUCGCCACAUUGUGAGGCUUCGUCAGAUGCUGCGUCGCUGGCGCAUCAAGGCGCGCAUGUCCUCGGCUGCUAAUAACCGCUCAAGCUCUUCUCCGCCGUCCGAUGUUCCCGCUGGACACGUGGCGGUCUGCGUCGGCAUCAACUGCACCAGAUUCGUUGUGCGAGCUACUCACCUCAACCACCCUGUGUUCCAGAAGCUUCUAGUUCAGGCGGAAGAAGAGUACGGCUUCGCCAACCACGGUCCUUUGGCUAUUCCCUGCGACGAAGCACUCUUUGAAGAUGUUAUCCGGUUCAUUUCCCGCUCUGAGUCUGGAUCCGGUUCGAACCGAUUCUUGAACCUUGAUGACUCUCAGAGACACUGCCACGUCGGAAUCAGGAACAACCUUGAUUUCUGGAAGCAGGAAUCUCGACCGCUGCUCCACGGCUUCACUGACAAGACCAUUUGGUAGUAAGAUCUUUAAACCGAACGGACCGGACCGGACCGAACCGGUUUGGUACACUGGUUCUGAACCGGAUAUUCAUUGGUUCUUUCUUCGGCUGCUACCUAUUUUUUUGGUCACGGGAAUUUGGAGCUAGUAGUAGUAAUUUGGUAAAGUACUACUAUUAUUAUAGACCGUACCACAACAAGUUCAGGAUUCGAACAUUGACAUUGUAAGUAAAAUUUAUUUUAGGGGGUUACAAUUUCACUUUUUCAAUGACCAAAUUACUUAUAUAAGGUCUGGGAGAUAUUUUUUUUCUUUCAAAUAUAAUUUUGGUCUUGAGUUCGAGUCAUGGGUAGAGAUGUAUCUGGAGCUUUGAGCUUAGAGCGAGUUAAGCAUGGAGGCGAAUUAGGUUAUUAUAUUAUUAUUUUUAACUCCCCUGCCCAAUUAUGUAAAGACGAAUUGUGGGCCUUUGAAUUGGAGCGGCCCAACUCGAAUCAAAUUAGUUGAAAGAAGUUAAAAAAAAAAAAUGGAAUUAAAGAUGCUCCGGGGAAUGCUGUGGAGAUGGCAAACAAGGGUGGGAGAGAAUUAGUUACUACUAUCGGCGACCACCGAGUCGUCCCCGGGUUCAAAUCGGAAGGGAGUUACUGAGUUGACAAGCGAGUGAGAGUGAAACGUGUGUGGGUCUGGUAAUAACUUUUGUAAACUAUAUUGUGUAUGUAAGUACCCUAUUAUUAUUGAAAGAUGAUUGAUUGAAAAUGAAAUUU